AACGUAGUGUUGUUGAGACGCUGCGGCGGACACGACGUGUUGUGCUCGUGUUCAGUGCUUGUUUAUACUUCAACACACGAUGCUACUAUAAAUAUAACACAUACGUUACUCAGCUGUGUGAUUUCAACUAAUACGUGUUGUUGAUUUAAAACAUUUUUUUUUUUAAAAUACAUAGCAAUGAGACCGAGCACAGAGGAAGGCGUGGAGCCGCCGCAGAUCGUGGUGCUGGAUGGGGGAUUCUCUACGCAGCUGUCGUGCCACGUUGGCCACGUCAUCGACGGCGACCCGCUGUGGAGUGCGCGGUUCUUGCACACGCAUCCCAAUGAAGUCGUUAACACACAUCUCGACUUCCUCAGAGCGGGGGCUCAUUUAAUAAUAACAAACACGUAUCAAGCGUCAGUGGACGGGUUCGUGGAGCACCUGGGUGUCUCCCCGGAGCAGGGCUACGAGCUCAUAGUGCGCGCGGUGGAGCUUGCCAAACGCGCGUUGAAUCUUUAUUUAGAAGAAUAUAGAGGCUGUAUACAAGAUGAUCAUGUGCCUCUUGUUGUGGGCUCAGUGGGCCCUUACGGUGCUCAUCUUCACGACGGAUCCGAAUAUGACGGCAGCUAUGCUGACACCACAACCGUUCAAACAAUGCGGGAAUGGCAUCGGCCUAGAAUUCAAGCUCUAGUAGAAGCGGGUGUGGACCUGCUCGCCUUAGAAACAAUACCCUGCCAAGAGGAGGCCGAAAUGUUAUGCGACCUGUUGAGAGAGUUCCCCAAUGUUAAAGCUUGGCUCGCAUUCAGUUGUAAAGAUAACCAAAGUAUAGCACAUGGCGAGAGCUUCCAGAAAGUGGCAAAAAAAUGCUGGGAAGCGAAUCCGGAUCAAUUAGUUGCGGUGGGGGUGAACUGCUGCGCCCCCUCCUACGUGUCCACGCUGCUGAAGGGAAUCAACGACGACCGGCCGCACGACCCCAUUCCAUUGAUCGUUUAUCCCAACUCGGGCGAGAAAUACAAUCCGCAAAUAGGAUGGAUUGACCGCGACAAGUGCGAAGCUGUGGAGGUGUUCAUCCAGGAGUGGUUGGACCUUGGCGUGCGGUACGUGGGCGGCUGCUGCAGAACCUACGCCACUGAUGUUUCACGCAUCCGUAACCAGGUGCACUGCUGGCGCGACCGCAGGCGCUUCCAGGCGAAGUACCAAGCUAAUCUCAAUAGUAAUAAUGUACACUAACUGGUGCCUAUACGUUUAUGUUGUUUGUAAUGUUUACAUGUAAAUUUCAUAUAUUCGUCUGGUUAUAACAAGAAAAAAAUUGUUUUGUUGAUAAUUAAAAUGAUUAUUUCAUUUA